CAAACCAAAUAGAGUAAAUUACAAUAGGCUCAAUUGACAUUUUCAUACUUACAAAUACCCCUUGUUGUAUGAAUAAUUAUAAGUACCCCUAAAAUUAAUGAUUAUCUGACAAAACUCCCCGUAACAGCCUAUUAUAGAGAGGUAUUUGUUAGACAGUCAUUACUUCCAGAAAGAUAUUUCUAAUUUUUUAAAAAUAUUUAUAAUUAUGAUAAAUCUGCAAGAGCUCAUUGUAAUUUAUCCAACAAAAUAAAUACAUCAUGUUUUUACAUUUAAGAUUGAUUUUUUCUUUUUUGUUUCCCUCGUUGUUGGGCAGAGAAAUGGGCUAAACCCAAAUACUGAUUCUUGAGCCCAUCAUUUCGGCGCAGUUCAAAAGAGCAUAAAAAUGGAAUUUACUGAACUUGUGGGACUAAAUUUGAAUUUAGAGGAAAAGUUGGGGAAUGAGGGGUAAUUAGUGGGCAGAUAGUGGGGGUAACCGUCUUAACCGUCACUAUCCACACAGCACACACACAAAAGAGAAAUAAAAAUAAAAAAUAAUAAUUAAAAAAAAGGACAAAAUCCCACUUCAAAUCUGCAAGCAAAGAACCGCGCAAAAAGUUCUGGAAUUGGAUUACAAAGUUCUUGCAUGCAAAAAUCAGAAUUGGAAAUUCAACCUUUUUCUCUCAGCCAUUUUUGGCCUAAAUUUGUUGGAUUGUGUGUGGUUAAGAGUUGAAGGGAGUGAAUUGGUAUGAGUGGAGUGGUGAGAGCGAUGGAAGGGAAGAGGAGAAUGGUGCUGUAUGAUGAAGUGGGAGAGAUCAAGAAAGGGCCAUGGAAGGCAGAGGAGGAUGAAGUGCUGAUAAACCAUGUGAAGAAAUAUGGGCCGAGAGACUGGAGCUCCAUUCGAUCCAAAGGACUUCUGCAUAGGACCGGCAAGUCGUGCCGCCUCCGUUGGGUUAAUAAACUCCGGCCCGACUUGAAGACUGGGGUGAAGUUUUCAGCGGAGGAGGAGAGAACAGUGAUUGAUCUGCAGGCACAAUUUGGAAACAAAUGGGCCAGAAUUGCGACGUAUUUGCCCGGACGGACCGACAAUGAUGUCAAGAAUUUCUGGAGCAGCAGGCAGAAAAGGCUGGCAAGAAUUCUGCAGACUUCUUCCGCAUCAUCAUCCACCAACUCACACAAGAGCACUGUGCAAGUCCAAGCGCCUGCCUUUCUUGAUAUUUCACCUGUAGAAGCACCAAAGUUCAGCUCAUCGACAGAUGAAGAAUCAGUAGCAAAAUCACAGACCUGCUCGUCGUCCCAUAUAGAUGACAACGACACAAUAAAAAUGGUGCUGUUUCAGGACCUGGUUUAUCCAAGCACGCUUACGCACGAACAAAACACCCUUCAACUCGACUACAAUACUUCUCAGAAGAAGCAGUUCCCUGAGCAAGAAUCACAUCUUUCCUUCCCUCAAAUUCCACAACUUCAACCGGACUUUUCUCUGGCACUGGAAAGCCAAGACUUUGUUAAUAGACUUGGUGAUCCAAAUUUUCUAGAUGAGUUUGAGCCACCGUGUUUUGUACCAGAUAGAAGCUGUCAAAUUCCGGGAAGGGCAGAAAGUAAUGACACAGUGGACCUCGACACAUUCAUUAGUGACUUCCCACCAAUCGACCUGUUUGAUGAUAUUGAACCACUUCCUAGCCCAUCAGAAUGGCCAUGAGUGGAUUGAUCUUUCAAACGUUCAGUAGUUUGUGUUUUAGUGUAAUGAGUAGUAGUUUAUGCUACGGUGUCUGUAGUAGUUUCUGAUUCUUUUCUACUCACCUUAAACAUUCUAAUUGGCAUUCUGAAGGGAUUGGCUCUCUUUUCAGUUGCUACAUCUUCAAAUGAUCUUCUCUUUUCUGUUACUUCUAUCUGACAUGACAGUUCUUAUUGCAUGGUAGAAUAUUUUAGCUACCUUAAACCUGUACUAAAACAUGAUUUUGAGAAAAUGCAACAAGACUAACAGAGCCUUAAUUGUACGUUCUCUACCGUUUUGGGAGAAGAUAAACUCAAUAUUUAUUUUUGGUACAUAAUACACUUUCACAUUAUCUGGAUUUAAGAUGUAAUGUCCUCACAAAGCCAUCGUUCGUGUAACAUGUCAAGAAGACAGUUCUGCCAACCAUGUAAAUCGGUGUUUCACAACCGUGCUUUGUCAGAACAGAAGUAGCAUUACAAAUGGCGAAGUGAUAUCUGGUACAAUGAAUAAGUACCAGAAAGAAUGAUGGGCAGAACGCCAAUUUUAUGUUGAGUUUUGAGCAGGACCAUCAGGUACAU